CUUCUAGGAACCCUAUAGUUUUUCCCGAGUUCGGGCAGUGUAAAUUGCAGACGACGCAGAAUCGAGGGCAAGAUCACGUGAUUAGGCAAUAACACCAUGGCGGACACAAUCGAGGGCCACGCAGUCGGCAAUGGUGAUCUACAUAAUAAAGUCGAAAAUGUUGGAAUGAAAAGUACGAAGGAUGAACAAGUACAUGAAAUUAACCUUCAGAGAAUUCGAGACAAGGCUCAGCAACUUCGUGAUGAUCUUCUUCGGCAGCUGAAUGCGCAGCUUGAUGAGCUGUUUGAUAAUUUUAUCAGUGAAGUUGAACAGAUAGAGCAGGCUUCCCUUCUUGGAAAUGGUGACCUCAAGACUCUCAAGUGUAAGAGGAGCACCAGGAAAGAGCUUGAGAAAGACUUUAAACAUAAAAAAAGGAAAAAUGGAGAACUUCCUGACAAGAUAUUUGUACAGAGGCGAUCUGUACUCACAGAGCUGCUGGAAACAACUCACAUUCAGACAAUCUACCACAUUUUUGUGGCAAUACUUAUUGUGUUCAGUCUCAACACAUUAGUCUACGACUGGGUGGAGAAGGGAACGUUAAAUCUUAACUUUGAUCUGAUUGUCUGGGCAUUUGGAAAACUGCCAAAAGUGAUGUCGUCGUGGGUAUGUAUGCAGCUGAGCACCCUGCUCAUUGUGUACCCAGCUUUCUACUAUUGGUCUACACAUAGGAGGCCAGGCCCAACCGGUGUGUAUGACAUUGUAUGGCUAUUUGUGGCCAUUGCUUACCAGAUAGCUUUCCUGACUAUUCCUAUCCUUCACCUGGUUGAGAACAACAUGCCUCCAGCUUCAUCAGUCAUUGUUACCUGUGAACAGGUGCGCUUUAUAAUGAAAACACAUGCAUUCAUACGGGAAAAUGUCAGCAGAGUUAUUUAUUGUAAAAAGGAUGAUAAUGAUGAGGAAAAUGGAUGCCCUGACUUUUCAAAAUAUCUUUAUUUUCUCUUUGCUCCAACCUUGAUCUACCGAGACAACUAUCCCAGGACAAAGACCAUAAAGUGGCAAUAUGUUGUGAGCAACUUUGCACAAGUGCUGGCCUGCUUGUUCUACACUUACUACAUUUUUGAGCGUUUCUGUGUGCCAGUUUUCCAGAAUUUCAACCGGGAAAGUGUCACUCCCAGAGCUUUGUUGCUUUCUGUAUUUGGGUCAAUGAUGCCUGCUACACUUGUUCUUUUUAUUGGUUUCUUUGCCAUUCUCCAUUCUUGGCUGAAUGCUUUUGCGGAAAUGUUGAGGUUUGGUGACCGGCUUUUCUACAAGGAUUGGUGGAAUUCAACAACUUUCUCAAAUUACUACCGCACCUGGAAUGUUGUGGUACAUGAUUGGUUGUACACAUAUGUAUACAAAGAUGUGUACAAGCUGAUGGGGUCCAAAAACAGGGCUGGGCCAAUGGCGAUGGUGUUUCUUAUCUCAGCCAUGUUUCAUGAGUACAUCCUCAUGGUGACAUUCCGCUUCUUCUAUCCAGUUCUCUUCUUCAUGUUUGCAGGCGCUGGAUUUGGUUUCAUCUUCCUGACAGAAAAAGUCUCCAGUCGCAGUUGGAAUGUCUUUAUGUGGGUCAUGCUCUUUACUGGCAAUGGUAUGUUAAUGUGCUUGUACAGCAUGGAGUGGUAUGCUCGACGCAGUUGUCCAGUCAUUACGGAUAGCUUCUUUGAUUACCUUAUCCCUCGUUCGUGGAUGUGUGACUUCGCUGGAAUCAAGUUGAACUGAAACUCCAUCUUCCCAUGCCAUACAGAUAUUUUUUGGUAGUGAAACUCAACACUGUUAGAAGGUCAUGUCAUCAUUAGCAAUCUGUUUUGUUGAGUAGCAUGAUUUUGGUCGAUUUUUCCUGACCACAGUGCUGCUCGAAUAAUUUCUGUCGACUGUCCUUCAGGGAUUCUGUAAUGGGAAACAUAAAGGAAGUGGUUUUAUGACUGUCAUUGUGUGUACAUUGUUAUAGGGUGAUGCGUGCAAGCCUCUUAGUUCAUAGCAAAGAGCAGCAGCUGAAUGUUAGAUGUGUACCUGUUGAAGGUAUAUGCUUGCUUGACUAUAUAUUACUAAAAACUCGACAUUGUGGUCAUAUUUUAUAGCCAGACUGUAUUCUGUCACCUUGUUUUCACAUCCCUAUGUUGUGGAUGUGUGAUAUCUCGCUUUUGUGCCACAUCCAUUCUUGACAUUCCAGGAGCAGCCUUUAUUCUAGUCUGACCAUGGCAGGACAAAAUAAAGAGCUGAUUUAAGGUCCAGUUUUGUUUGUCAUCUAGCCUUGCAAGAAAAACAACUCUAAAGAUGAAAGGCUUUGUCAUUUGGGACUUUGUAUAGUCUUAGGAGCAGUAAUUAGACUUUUCAUUAUUUGCACAUGUACUUGAAGGGAUCAGUUUGUAGUGAACUGGUAGUGCCUGGUCAAUUUUGAGAAUUGUGACUAUGUUUAGAAAUGAGAAAGGUUUUACAAAGAUCUUUUAUAAUAUUCCCCCCCCCCCAAUGUUUGAUUGCAGUAGUAAGGUGUUUGUUAACAUCAGGAUGUUUGGUCUUUUUUUUUUGGGUGGCUGAAAAUAUGGCAAAAGCAUUUUUGUUUCUAUAUUUUUAUAUGUUGCCAGUUUGGGUUAUAAACAUUUUUAUUUUUAUAUCUGCUUACAGCAUGUUUUGAAAAUAUGUUGUCUUUGAUGACUAGUUUGAUAUAUUGAUACUGGGUGGUACACUGUUUUUGUAUAAGACUGGUUUGUAUAGAGAUUAUUUUGUAAGAAAUCAUUAACCUGCACACAUGCCUAUUCUUGUUCAACUUAUUGGCUUUAUAUGCCAGGGAAAGCAAAAUGUGGAAUUUAAACACAUUUUUGUAAUGUCAGCUACAGUUUAUGCAUCAUGAUAUUUACAUAUAAAUUAUGUACUUUGCACUGCCAAAGUUUGAAGUGAUAACUGGGUAGGAAGAUGAAAAAGGACUGCGACGUGGACAGCCGCAGCUCAUGCUGCUGUCAGUGGGAUGAGUAGUGGUGGUUUGUGUCUUGAUAAAAGAAAGCAGUAGUAUUCUUGUGCACAUAUUCAUAUUGAGAAAUGCUUGAAGCAUCUUGCUAUCUGCUUGCACAAGUUUGAUGCUUGUCUACACAGUUGUCAAAAAUUGAUCUCCCCUUUAUUUCAAUCUUUCAGCACAAAUACCAAAUAUAAAAGGUUUUGCAGACAGAUCACCUGUCGCCUAUCUGUGAGCUUUAUUUUUAUUUCCCUUUUGUUUGAAUGGUUUUUUUUCAUUCACAUACAUUACACACACAUAACACACAUAUCUGCCAUGCUUCAUGCAGUGGCUGCUCUUUCUUUGUCUGUCUUACAUGUUGUCACUAAUUUCAUGUCAUUAGUUAUGUGACCUUGCUAACAAUCUGCUGACAUGGGAAGCCAAAAACUGAUGGCACAAUAACGCCAGUUUCUUUAUUUACAAGUGCAAUCCUUUAUCCAUGCUCAUAUUGUUGCAUUAUAUUUUGCAAUAAAUUUUUUUUAAAUGUUUACUUUCAUAAACUGAAGACCGGUCCAUUUUUCCUUUCCUUGGUGGUUUUUUUUUUUUUGGUGUAAAAAUUACAUUUUUCAUUUGAAAUUCUGUUUGAUGUGAAUCUAUUAUCUUUGCACAGAUGAUUAAGCCUAGGUUUUAUUAAGAUAGAGAGGAGCACAUAUUGUUCAUAAUCACCUAACAGUCGGCAAGAAACGCAUAUUUGCUACCUAUUAAUGAUCAUUUGACUUCAAGAUGUUUUUCGUUUUCUAACAGAAGCAGAGUAACCAAAAUGGCAUUAUUCCAGAAUGAAAGGAUUGUCUAACAUGUCAAAACACAUGCACCUAUGUUUCUAGAUAUACAUAUGCUCAAACUGAAGCUUAAAUGAUAGUUAUGUAAGUGAUAUUUUGAAAGGUUGGAAUGCAAGAAAAGGAGUGUUGUUUAAUUUGAUAGUGUUGUCAGGCAGCCUAAAUAAGAAGCACAUCACAAUUCUCCCUUCUCACUUACUGAGGGUUAGAUGGAGGGGGGACUGUCGUUUUGGCAUCCACCCCUUCAGCAAUACAGACCAUGUCACUGGAGAUGAUAGUCUCAGUUAUAAAAGCAGCAAUGCCUGGGUUGUGUAGGGAUUUUAUGAAGAUCCUUGCUAUAUUAUUGGAUUCAUGAAAGGUUUCCAGAUUUGGAUAUGAGAAUGUUUGCUACACACAGCAAAGUAAAAAACACUGCUUAUAAAAAAGUGUGCAAUUCAGAAAAGAUUUCUUGAAAUACAGGACUUAAGAGAUUCCAUCCUGUCAAGUACAAUAAAGUACUUAAUGUGCAUUAGAGAGGUGAAUCUGGGUCUUCAUUGUCAGCGUUAUGCACAAUUUGUCACAAACUGUUAACCAAUGAGAUGCAAUUCGUUUAUUGUUUCUUUUUCAAUAUGUGAUGCUUGAAUGUGGUUUAAAUGUUACUAAUCAUGAAUAGUAUUGCAUUCAUUUAGUUUCAUUUUUCUCUCAGCUGAAAUGGAUGUACUGCCAUUAUAGUUUCUGGUCAUUGAUGUUUUGGAUAUAUUACCAUUAAAACAAUUCAGUGAUGCCUAUUAAAUGCAGUCUUUCAGCCUGUAGCACAAGGCAGACAUGAAGAAAGUUUUUAAUUUUGUAGUUUCAAUAAUUCUUUGAAAAAAUGGAAAUGUUUAACUUCUUCAUAUUGGAGUCACAUUUUUGUAAACCUUUUUUGUAAAUAUUCUAGCAGAUGAUCUAUUUAUAAACAUGCGAUCUUUUAUUCAUAAAAAGACUUAAAUGAUGACCACCAUCAUACAUCCUGGUGCUUUAUAGGUGUUGUACAUAACAAGGUCAUUCACAAAGGAAAACAAAUGUGGGAUCAGUAUGUAAUUUUUUUUUUACUUGGAUACAACUAUAAAUCCAGUAACUAAAACACU